AAUGAUAAGAAGAUAAAGAAUUAGUGAUAUGGUAUUUCAUGCUCACAAAACCUUACCCUGGGCACGAGAAUAGACGCGAUGUCGACCCCGAUAGGAAAUGAACAACUGCUGGCUCUGGUCGAUUCUGGCGACGAGGCGGGGCUGGGAACCGCUCUUCGCUCCCUUUCCUCGGAUGAUCUCGAGGCUUUCUUGGCCGGGACACUGGAGACUCCGCGCCUACCCAGAUUCCUCACUUACUUGCUGUGGCCUUUCAUCCUCCUCUUCGGGAUCUUGCGGUCAUCCUGCGAGACUCCCCUGCACCGGGCUGUCAGGAAGGGCCAAAGUCGCGUGGUGAAAGUUCUCGUCAAUUUCGGGGCCAAAGUGGACAUUGAGAACCAGGCCGGUCUGUCGCCUUUACACGUGGCAGCCGCACUGGGAUACGAGAAGGUGGUUGAGGCUCUCCUCGACCUUCGGGGGGACGCGAACAAGGCGGAUAGACAAGGCUGGAUGCCCAUACACCAUGCUGCGUUCAAAGGUCACGAGUCCCUGGUGGCGAUGCUGCUCAACGGGGGCGCCGAGCCAAACGCGCAGAACGGAAGUGGAUGGACGGCAAUGCACUUGGCAUCUGCUAGUAAUAAGACAUCUGUGCUGAAGACACUUCAUGGGAAAGGAGCCCACUUAGAUGAUGCAAAUAGUGAUGGUGACACGCCAUUGCACAUCGCAGCUUCAAGAGGCUAUCUUUACACUCUCUUCACGUUGGUGAAACUGGGAGCAUCUGCCAACGAGAAGAAUAAAGCUGGGAAGAUGGCGAGGGACCUUUUGAACACGACCGAAAACGUCUUUGACCUGAUGAAGCAAGUGGUCAAAGACGAGGAAAAAACAUUGAAGGAGUUACAGGUUAGUUAACACAAGAAAAGAAAUGCACUUGAGAGUCAGAAAACAGAAUAAUCAAAUAU